AUGCAUUUGUCAGGAUUGGAUGUGGCUGUCUAUGGAUUCCGUAGAAAUAAGCGAAAAGUGGAGGAGGCCGGCAUCUCCUAUGAACUGGGUAUUAUUCGCGAUAAACUGGCUCUCGGCUUAAGCACCGAACCGGUCCUGAAGCAGCAAACACGUGGUAACUGCUUAUUGAGCAAUAUGAAAGAUGUGGAACUUGAAAAUGAUGACGAGGUAAGGAUUCUUUUUUUCGUUUUUUCUGGAAACAGUCUCAAAAAAAAAAAAAAAAAAAUCAAAAUAUUAUUUUCAUGCUCGUUCGCAACUCGCAUUGACACAAUCCGCCAAAAAUUUAGACCAGAAAUCGCUGUGCGUCCAAUUCCAGUUUUUUUUUUUUUGGAAGAAAAUGAAAACGGUAGUUUUCUGACAAGUCUGAGCUAA